UUAGUGGGAGUCGGAGUCGGAGCAAGAGUUCCCACCAUAGCAAAAGUCGGAGCAAGAGUCCCCGCCGUAAGAAAUGAGGGCCAGAGCAAGAGUUCUGACCAGAACAAAAAAUCUAGACCGGAGCAAAAGUCAUAGACAGUAAUAAGACUGCGAGCCAUAGCGAGGAUCCCAGCCAUGACAACCAGUACCAACUUGUGAACUCCUCACCUGAAAUCUCAUUUUCCUUUUAAUCCACCUGUGUUUUUCAUGCCCAACUCAUGUACUUCUCUGCAACCCCUACAAGCAGUUACCAAUUCAGGUCAUACCUCAUGAGUUCUCCUCAUCCUACCUUCCUGGGAUUUGGAAACUCUCCCAAAAUGACCCUCAGCCCUACGAUCCUGAGCAUUAUGGUGCAUGCCUUAGGCUGCCACAGAGCCCAAAUUCCCUGCCACCCGACUGGCUCUGCAGAAUUUUGACAUGACCUACAGUGUGCAGUUUGGGGAUCUUUGGCCAUCGAUCCGGGUCAGUCUCCUCUCAGAGCAGAAAUAUGGUGCAUUGGUCAAUAACUUUGCUUCUUGGGAUCAUGUGAUUGCUGAGCUGGAGCAGCUGAGUGCCAGGGACUUUGUGAAUGAAGCCAUCUCCCACUGGGAACUAGAGCCUGAGAGUAACCAAACUGCAGCAUCAGCCCCCAGUUCCUGGGCCUGCAGUCCAAACCUUCGAUGCUUCACUUUUGCUAGAGGAGAUGUCAGCCGCUUCCCUCCUGCAAGGCUCAGCAGCCUGGGUAUCCUGAACUACUACCUGAUGGAUGCCGCCUCCUUGCUGCCUGUCCUGGCCCUUGGCCUGCAGCCCGGGGACACUGUGCUUGACCUGUGUGCAGCCCCUGGGGGAAAGACACUAGCAUUGCUUCAGACUGGUUGUUGCCGCAAUCUCGCUGCCAAUGAUCUGUCCACUUCUCGAACAGGCAGACUACAGAAUGUGCUAAAGAGCUAUGUGCCUCAAGAUAUCAGGGAUGGGAAUCGAGUUCGAGUCACCUCAUGGGAUGGCAGAAAGUGGGGAGAACUGGAGGGGGACACCUAUGACCGGGUGCUGGUGGAUGUGCCCUGUACCACAGAUCGCCACUCUCUUUAUGAGGAGGAGAACAACAUCUUUCAGCGGUCGAGGAAGAAGGAGAGGCAGAUGUUGCCUAUGCUGCAAGUGCAGCUUCUUGCGGCUGGACUCCUUGCCACCAAACCAGGAGGCCAUGUCGUCUAUUCCACCUGCUCACUCUCACACUUACAAAAUGAGUAUGUGGUGCAAGGCACAAUCGAGCUUCUGGCCAAUCAGUACAGCAUUGAGGUUCGGGUGGAAGACCUGACUCACUUCCGAAAACUCUUCGGGGACACAUUCUCUUUUUUUCCAGCCUGCCAGAUGGGGGAGUUGGUAAUCCCAAACCUCCUUGCCAAUUUUGGGCCUAUGUACUUCUGCAAAAUGCGUAGGCUGACAUAGCAUCACCCUGUCCCUGAAGCCCUGGUGUGGGAAGACAAACAGUGUACUCUGUUGGAGGUACUGGAAACUGAGACCAGUGGCGGAGAUGUACUCUGGGUCCUAUUUCCAUCAAGUUUUCUGCAGUUUUUGACAGGAGGAGGAAGGAGUUUUUCAGUCCUGCUUUCCCAUUGUGGCACCUCAGGAGAUUUCUCACCCAUCCAUGGCUUCCCACCUGGGUCCAAGCCUAUGCUAGAAGUUCUUGCCCCACUAGGGGCUUAAGAGGAGGAGCCAGUGAGCAGGUUUACACCUUAAACUAUAGUCUUGGGAGAAACAUGUAGUCAAUAAAAUUGUUGAAGCUCCACAGAGCUGGGGCUACAGUUGGGGGCCUCAUGUCAGUCCAGCUGGGUAUUGUUGGUUCCAUUUGUCAUAGCAGUUGCCGCUGAGCACUACCUCCUAGGGAUAGCUGCCCAAAGCUCCAGGAUCUCAGCCUGGCUAAAGAGUCCCCUUACACCAGACGUGAGCUCCACUGGAUCAGUCUUGAGCAGCCUGAGAGCCCAAACAAGCCUGCCUCCAUAUGGCAUUAUGAACAAGUUUAAGAAGCAAGUAACUAAAAAUGUUAAGCCAAUGCAUAAUAAUCUGCCUACUGACUCACAUUAAGGAAGCUCUCCUGAGCUAAAUAAUUCCGGCUGUUCCUCCUGCUGUCACUAAGCCCUGUUUCUGCCACAAUACUGUAAUACUCCUUAUAUAUUUCUUCCCUUGUUAAUUUAUCUAACAAGUAUUCCUUGAGCUCCUGUAUGACAGGUAGCUAUGGAGCUGCUGGAGAUGUAGCAGCUGGGAUUGUGGGAGGUAUCCAGGCCUCCUUAUUUAGAACGGCAGCUCUCCUCCUCCUGCUCAUCUGAGCACCUAGGAACCUCCUAAGGUCUUUUUUGUUUUAUUUUUUUGUUAUAUUUUGUUUUUUCUGUUGUUGUUGUUCCUGAGCUCUGGUGCCAGUUUUUUUGGUCCACUUCCAAAUCUCUCAGAGCUCUUCCUCUAGCAAAACAGAGACACACCUUAUACAGCAUGUAUUUAGGGGCAGUGUUACAUCAUUUACUUACUGCAUGCUAGCUGUUGUAAUUUUAGCCAAAAGAUGGUACUCCUUUAGUGGCAGGGAUAUUAAAAAACUUUUUGGUCGCUUGCAGAUAUUGCUUUUUUUAUUUUUUUAAAAAAAGUGUGUU